AUGAGAAUUUACCAUUCAUGUGAGGUUUCGCCGUCCCUUGGAGAGUCCCUUGGAAAGUCCCUCGGAGAGUCCCUUGGAAAGUCCCUCGGAGAGUCCCUUGGAAAGUCCCUUGGAGAGUCCCUCGGAGAGUCCCUGGGAGAGUCCCUUGGGAGCAUAAUGACAACAACGUCUAAUUAUUUAGGCCAAUCAUACUUCCGUGAGUAUACUGCCCGCCAGUCAUACUUCCGUGAGUAUACUGCCCGCCAGUCAUACUUCCGUGAGUAUACUGCCCGCCAGUCAUACUUCCGUGAGUAUACUGCCCGCCAGUCAUACUUCCGUGAGUAUACUGCCCGCCAGUCAUACUUCCGUGAGUAUACUGCCCGCCAGUCAUACUUCCGUGAGUAUACUGCCCGCCAGCCAUACUUCCGUGAGUGUUCUGCCCGUCAGUCAUACUUCCGUGAGUAUACUGCCCGCCAGUCAUACUUCCGUGAGUAUACUGCCCGUCAGUCAUACUUCCGUGAGUAUACUGCCCGUCAGUCAUACUUCCGUGAGUAUACUGCCCGUCAGUCAUACUUCCGUGAGUAUACUGCCCGCCAGUCAUACUUCCGUGAGUAUACUGCCCGCCAGUCAUACUUCCGUGAGUGUUCUGCCCGUCAGUCAUACUUCCACGAGUAUACUGCCCGUCAGUCAUACUUCCGUGAGUAUACUGCCCGUCAGUCAUACUUCCAUGAGUAUACUGCCCGUCAGUCAUACUUCCAUGAGUAUACUGCCCGUCAGUCAUACUUCCUCGAGUAUACUGCCCGUCAGUCAUACUUCCACGAGUAUACUGCCCGUCAGUCAUACUUCCAUGAGUAUACUGCCCGUCAGUCAUACUUCCGUGAGUAUACUGUCCGUCAGUCAUACUUCCACGAGUAUACUGCCCGUCAGUCAUACUUCCAUGAGUAUACUGCCCGUCAGUCAUACUUCCGUGAGUAUACUGCCCGUCAGUCAUACUUCCAUGAGUAUACUGCCCGUCAGUCAUACUUCCAUGAGUAUACUGCCCGUCAGUCAUACUUCCAUGAGUAUACUGCCCGUCAGUCAUACUUCCGUGAGUAUACUGUCCGUCAGUCAUACUUCCGUGAGUAUACUGCCCGUCAGUCAUACUUCCACGAGUAUACUGCCCGUCAGUCAUACUUCCGUAAGUAUACUGCCCGUCAGUCAUACUUCCGUGAGUAUACUGCUCGUCAGUCAUACUUCCGUGAGUAUACUGCCCGUCAGUCAUACUUCCGUGAGUAUACUGCCCGUCAGUCAUACUUCCGUGAGUAUACUGCCCGUCAGUCAUACUUCCGUGAGUAUACUGCCCGUCAGUCAUACUUCCGUGAGUAUACUACCCGCCAGUCAUACUUCCGUGAGUAUACUGCCCGUCAGUCAUACUUCCGUGAGUAUACUACCCGCCAGUCAUACUUCCGUGAGUAUACUGCCCGUCAGUCAUACUUCCGUGAGUAUACUGCCCGUCAGUCAUACUUCCGUGAGUAUACUGCCCGUCAGUCAUACUUCCGUGAGUAUACUACCCGCCAGUCAUACUUCCGUGAGUAUACUGCCCGUCAGUCAUACUUCCGUGAGUAUACUACCCGCCAGUCAUACUUCCGUGAGUAUACUACCCGCCAGUCAUACUUCCGUGAGUAUACUACCCGCCAGUCAUACUACCAUGUCACACCCGUCAACUCUGUACUCAUUGACCGUCCAUUGCCGUCACCACCUCACCUGACCAAUAAAAAUGCCCUCUAA